AUGAAGUCCAUCUCACUCGCUGGCAGCAUCCUCUUCGCCGCCACCACCCUCCUCUCCCUCCUUGACACCUCCUCGGCCCAUAUCGCUAUCUCCAACCCUCCCGCUCAGGCUGGUCCCUGGAGCAAAAACCCCUCUGGUGCUGUCCAUGCCUGGAUUGGAUUCGAGGGAAAGAAGUUCCCCUGCGGCGGCUACAAAAAGGGUCCCGUCACCAAGUACAAGGCCGGCGAGAUCAUCCCCGUCCGGUUCUGGAACUUCAACGUCAAGAAUCCCAAGGUAUUCCCUCCACCCGCUGGACUCAAGCAGUCGCGCCAUGGUGGCGGUGCCUGCGAGUUCUCGCUCUCGUACGAUGCUGGCAAGACCUGGAAGGUCAUCGGUCAGUACACCAAGACCUGUCCAGACAUCUACUUCGAAUGGCCUGUGAUGAUCCCCAAAAACGCGCCCUCCUGCACAGAUUCGGACAAGUGUCUGUUCGCCAUGUCCUGGACCGCCUUUUCUACUGAUCAGUUCUACCACCACUGUGCCAACAUCAUGAUUGAUGGUGCCAAGAACGGAAAGCUGCCCGAGCUCGAUAUGACCGUUGUGGAUGUCACACAGCUGCACGAGAAGAUGAACACCCAUGCUCUUGGUGACGAGAAGAGCACCAAGAGCACGGGUCCCGAUCGCCGCGAGAAGCAGCUGAACACGAACGGCUACUUUGCCUUUGGAGGCGGCGCUGGCACGCACGGUUUGGAUCUUGGUUUGGUCCGCUAA